GGAGCAGAUGUACCCACACUGCCAGCCCCACUUCUCUCUGAGCCCUUCAGCUGCCAAUCCUCAGCACCAGGCUCAAAAUAACCCUGCAGAGCUGAGCCAGCAAAUCUGCUGCCAUAACCUGGAAGGAAACAGCCAUCAUUGCAAUAAACUUCCUGGGUUGGCGUGGCCAGGAGGCGGCGGUGGAAGCAAUGGCUGUGAACAGCAGGGUGAGCCAUAGGUUCUAGUUGAUGCCCAGGCCUCACUGUAAUGAUGCCGUCAAGAACGAAUCUCUCUGCUGGGAUUCCCAGUAGCAAAGUCAAAUAUUCCAAACUUGCCAGCACUGAUGAUGGAUAUAUUGACCUGCAGUUCAAGAAGAGCCCACCAAAAAUCCCCUACAAGGCGAUUGCGUUGGCUGUUGUGCUCUUCAUGAUUGGAACUUUUCUCAUUAUCAUCGGAGCCCUCCUCUUGGCAGGAUACAUUAGCAAAGGCGGAACAGACCGUGCCAUCCCUGUGCUCAUCAUUGGGAUCCUCGUAUUCCUGCCAGGCUUCUACCACCUGCGCAUUGCAUACUAUGCUUCCAAAGGCUACCGGGGCUAUUCCUAUGAUGACAUCCCAGAUUUUGAUGACUGAAUCACGCUCUGGACAGCAUUACCAUUAGGUUAGUGUUAAGAGCUGCUUGCGACCCUAAAUAUUAGAGGGAGCCUGUAAAUGGAGCAUGUCAGUCACAAGAUGCAUCUUCCUGGUUUUGAAAAUGCUGUGGGGAUGGGGGGUUAAAUGUGGAAGUGACCAAAAGGAUUGCAACAUUAGGUGGGAAGAACAUGUGAUUUAUUGUAUUUUUCCUCUUGGUUGUAUGAUGCUGGUUGUUUAUAAGAAGUUCCUGGGCAAAGCAAUUGUAGCCAUUCUCCAAAAGCAGAUAAGUCAGACAGUUCCAUCAGUAAAGUUAUUUGUUUUUCUAACUGUUUCAAAGGGUUUUGUCAUUUGUUUGUUUGUUUGUUGAGAGAUUGUGGCUCCCCUUGGGUUUAGUGUUGCAAACACUGUAUCUCACUGUGGGUUUUUUGCCCUCUACUCAUCCAAAUUUAUUCCAGUUUACUUGUAUUGCACUUGUCUGGAGUAAUGGAAGUCAAAUGCAAACUUGCAUGAGCGAACUUGAACAUAUUGCAUUUGCUGUGCAAUUCAUCAUUACACUGACCAGUCCUAUUUGCUCAGCAAACAUCUCUCAGAAGCAGGCUGUUCUUCAAGCCAUUCUCACUUAUGGCAAAAUCAACUUGUUAUCCCCCAGAAGGACUGACUAUGUCUGGAUUUUACUUAUUAUUUUAGAGCAAGUAGAGACAGGGAGAAGAAUUGGACCAGAACUUGAAGAGUCUCAAUACCUAAAUCUUGGUUUUGCUUGGUGUGUGGGUAUUGCAGACACUUGAAUUCUAACUGUAUGUGUAUUUGGGAUUAUUUUGUCCUUGUGUAGAUGAUAUGUUGCUAAUAACUCCCUAAACCAGCAAAAAGCAAGUCUGUAUAGUUUGUAUUGGGUAAAUCCUGUUUGUAUUGUAUUGCUAGCUUCAGCUGUAGGUUAUUCAGGGGAAACAGCUUGGUCACUCUUUACUUGAUGCAAAGUCAAAGCUCUGUCUCUGAAGUUGAACUGAACCACAUCACAACUAUGUGACAAGACACAGAAAUGCAAGAUGCAAGUAUAUGUGUUCAACACAAAUAAACUUCUCUGUCUCCUAUGUACCAA